GUCUGUGUCGGAGUAACAUCUGAACUUCGUGUGAGCACGACUUCUGAGAAUAGGUCACGUGAGAUACGGAUUAUUGAUCAUCACGAAAAAAGAAAAUGGACGUCGGAUUCUUUCGAAACUGUGGUGAUAAUAUCAAGACAAAAGACAAUGAAAAAAGCGCCAUAUGGUGUCACACAUACUCCGGGGGAAUACUUUUCAGUAAACAUUGUCUUCGUUAUGGAGAGACAGUCAACGUUGAAGUAACCGGAAAUGGCCAUGCCGCCAUUGGAUUUACACAGCAUGACCCGCGACAUAUAAGUUGCAUAAAGGAUGCCGUGUUGAAAAACAAAAUCAAACUUUUGACAAAUGUGCGAACACUACAAAGAGCGGGCACUAUCAAGCUUCGCGCGUACGAAGAUCACGUGAACAUCACAUGCAAUGGUUGUUCUGUUGAGAAUGAGAGAGACUCCAGUCAGCCGGUGUGGCUUGUAAUCAACCUCAAAUUCGGAAACGUACAGGCUAACAUGUUCACGAGAGAAAAUCAUCCGCUCCAGUUUCAUCACGUGACUGGCGAAAACAUCGAUCUAAUGGACAAAGAGUGCCGGUCGGCCCGACUCAAAGUGGAAAACCCUGCGUCGGUGUGCUGUCUCGCGCGCAGAAUCUACCCAGGUCAAGGCCUUAUGCUCAAGGUCAAACCACUACAAGAGCGAGGCAGAGUUCCGAGCAGAUUUCAUCUCACACUGGGAAUGACUACUUUAAAGCCCGAGGAGCUCCGAAGAGAUGACCCGGAGUCGUUUUCCGUGUGUGAAAGAGUAAAGAAACCUAAAAGAUGGCGACACAUGAAGCGUUUCGAGGACGAGAUCGUCGACGGGAAGCGACGAAACAGAUGUACGGGAUAUCUCCAGGUGAUGGUUACACCGGAAGGUGAGGUGAAAUAUGCACAUUCCUCCGACGUGUUCGGUCACGUGACAGUGCCGAUUAGCAAAGUUGAGUCUGGGGUGUUAAUCGUGUUUGAACUAUUCCGAGUGACACUGGACAUUACGAAGACAUUCGACUUACAGGUCUACGACUAUGCAGAUAUCAACUUCGGACAGUUCGAGAGGCGCAAAACAAGCAUAAGACAGUCUGCGCAUGUGCACAAACAUGAUACAGGUUACGUGGAAUUCCAACCAAAAUGUAGAGAAUUGGUUACAAAAGUGCCAUCAAACGCUUUAUAAAACUGGAAGUGAUAUUAUUACGUCGUUUUGUUUGUGAUUUCUACACUGUUACGUUGAACUAAUUAAUAACUAAGUUAUAUCAGACAUCAAGAUGGAUUAUGUAUGUGUUGUGUUUUACUGUGAAAUCAUUCGUUUUCGUGGGGGAUUUAUUUCAUUCGUUUCGUGGAUACUUUUUAUCAAUGAAUUCAUUUGUCCACAAACUGUUAAAACUGGUAUAGUAAACUUAUCGAGCGAUAUUCAUCAACGCAAUCAAAUGUUCACGAAUAAUAUUUUUUAUAAAUAAACGAAAAUUGAGCCCCACGUACAUAUCUGAUUUUACAGUACCGAUGGCCACUUAUCUAGCAUGUCCUUUGCUUUACAUGAAUUUGAUAAACUUCUAUUUAACUUCGAUUAAUUUGUUUUAUUUGAUAUUUAACUUAAACGUAGAAAUAUUAAGUUUUAACCUAAAUGUAUCUGAGUUAAGUUUGAUAUAAAUGUACAUGGUGUAUAAUUUAUUUUAAUUUCCUUGACAUAUUUCUGACAUUAAUUUGUCCGACGUAUGUUUGACCUUAAUUUGCAUGACUUAUGUUUGACCUUAAUUUGCAUGACUUAUGUUUGACCUUAAUUUGCAUGACUUAUGUUUGACCUUAAUUUGCAUGACUUAUGUUUGACCUUAGUUUCUCCGACUUAUGAUUGGCCUUGACCUCCAUUUAUCUGACUGUUUAGUCUAUAUGUAUGUUUACUCUAUAUAUAACCUCUGUUUGACCUUUAACACCUGUCAUCGUUUUGCCGGGUAAGAAUUGUCUGAUAUGAUUUUAUCAACUUCCGGUAUGUGACCAGAAUCUUACCAGUCCUUCAGCCUUCGUCAGUCGUAAAGAGACAACACGGUUGAUGUGUUAAACAAUAAAACACCUUCUAAUCUGUCCUUAACAUCGUCUGUGCUGGUUUAUGAAUUCAAAUGUAUUUAUAUUGUGUUUACAAUGAAAUGAACGCAAUAAAGUAUAGACCUCUAA